AUGACGUUCGAGCAGUCCCUCUCGUCGCGCGAGGAGCGGCGCGCCGACCCGGAGCUCGGCGGUCGCGAGUCGGCGCCCGCCAACUUGCGCCGCACCCUCUCCGCUUUCCACGUCGGCCGCGCGGGCCAGGUCGGCCACGGGGCGCCGGUGGAGGCGUUCGGCGGGGGGGCGACGCUGCUACAUUGCCUGCAGCGGCUGCGCGAGACGUCGCCGCUGCGGGCGCAGCUGACGCCGCGCGAGCUCGGCUACCACCCCGGCGUGACGUGCGACCGGACGGGCAUGUCGCCCAUCCUCGGCGACCGGUACAAGCUGGACGGCGAGAACUACGACGGGCGAGAACUACGACCGCUCAGCUCGGCCGCGGGCGCCGCUCCGUCUGGCACCGCCACGCCGCAGCUUCUCGAGCUGCCGGCCAGCUGCACCGCCGUGGCGGCCGGCCGCUCGCACGGCCUCGCGCUCUGCGGCGGAGGCGACGCCACUGUCUACUCGUGGGGCGUCGGCGACUACGGCCAGCUCGGGGCCGGAGCCGCGGAGGAGCGGCCGCACGCGGAGCGGCUGCCUCUGCCGCUCGGCGUCGCGCCUCGCUGCGUCGCUGCGGGCGGCUACGGUAGCGCUGUCCUCGUCGGGCGGGCGGCGGGCGAGCUUGGGCCGCCGCAGCCUCCCGCCCUCUCCGCCGGGUCUGCCCUCUCCCUCGCAGACGGCCGCCGGUGGGGCGAGCUCGCCGAGCGGGCGACGUACGUGACGCUGAUGCGCACGUACGAGGCUGCGCCGCCCGUGGUUGCGGCCCUGCGCGCCUCCAUCCCUCGCCUGCUCUCGCACCUCGGCGGCGAGAUCGAGGCGGCGCAGGGCGCGCAGACGGCGCUGCUCCAGAACCCGCUCCUCUCCCACUCGAGCGAGGAGGCGAACGCGCUGACUCUCGCGGGCCGGCUCGCCUCCCUCUCGCCGCCGGCCUCGCGCCGGGCGGCGGAGCUCCUCUCGGCGGCGCCGAACGAGGUGCUCGGCGGGCGCGUCGUCCGCCCGCUCCGCGAGCUGCUCGAGCGGCUCUUCUGCCGCGGCGGGUCCCUCGCCGCCCUCACAGAGCGAGUCUGCAACACGGGGUCCCAGGGAAGCGUCAUCCUCCGUUCACGCACAAUAAAUAAAUAA